AUGUCUAAGUAUCUUGUGAUUUACCUCAUCUGCCUAACUGGAUGGAGCCUCGCUUUUGCUGAAGAUUUGCAAGGCCGAAAUGAAUACGAUCGGAAUACAGACGCCAGGCAUUUUCAUAAAAAGAGACGUUGUCAUUUCGGAUCCUGCGGAGGAGGCUUUGGCAAUUACGGAGGUUUUGGAGGCUACCAAGGAGGCUAUGGGGGCUACCAAGGAGGCUACGGAGGCUACCAAGGAGGCCCUUACCCCCCUAUAAAUAUAGGCAUCAGUCAAUCUCAAUCUUCGGCAUCUGGUGGUUAUGGAUAUAACCCCAAUUACAAUCAAUACAAUGGAUACCAAGGCUAUCCAAACUAUGGAUAUAACAGACCAUACAAUAGGCCAUUUUUUGGUAAUGGCUAUGGUCCGACAAAUAAUCAAUUCAAUGGAAACUAUUACUUAGCAAACACCGGUAAUGGUUAUGGUUUAACUGGAUUUGGAGGUGGUUUUGAUGAACAAUAUGAUGGCGAUGAACAUUUUGAAAGAUCUGCCAGCAAAAAAGACUGAAUCAUUUAGUUUUAUUGUAGGAUUGAAGUAUUUUUAGCUAUAUGUUUACCAAAUACUUUGUUGUCUUUGUUGUUUAAUCGUUCACAUUGAGAUUUAUUAUAUUCACAAUUAUAGCACAUACUUCACACCAAUAAUAUGAAACUCUGACGAUAAAUAAUUAAUUUCUUAAGAGUGUUUGUCUUUAACGUCAAUCACAGUG